GUAGCAACAUACUAGCAUUGCAUUUUGUUCGGCGCUUGAGCUGAAUUGCUGCCCCUCGCAGCUGCAUCGCAGCCCGGCUGUUGCGUAUCGCAGCCCCGUUACGCGGUGACCUACCUGCAGCCACUGCAGAAGACGCCGUCUGCCUGACACAUCCCAAGGACCACACUGCCUUGGUGAGCGUGCACGCAGGGGCUGCGGUGAACGUGCGCGCAGCUGAAGGGCUGCCUCCGCACGAUGGGCAACGCCGAGUCUGGGCCCGAGACCAAAGAGCAGGACAGCCCGCCGCCACCACCACCCGCCGCCGCCCCGGAGGCGCCACCACCACCCGCCGCCGCCUCCGAGGCGCCGAAGACGCCGCUGAUGACGCCGCCGCCCAUCAAGAAGGCGAAGCUCUCUCUACUCAAAUCCCUUAAGGACGUCCGCGAACCAUUAAGCCAAGAAAAAACAAUCGAGGCCCUCGUCGCAGACGAAGACUUCUCCAACGAGCACCUGGACCGCCUCGCGACGUCGUCGGAGUCGGAGUCGUCCGAUAGUGAUGACGACGAGGACCGUCGACGCUUUGAAUUACUGAAGGUCUUGCGGAAUGUUUUUUCGAGGGUCGGCCUCGUGUUGUGGCUUUUGGGUUUCACGGCCUUCUACGCGUAUUCCGCGUUUGACGGGUCCUGGGCCAAGGGGUUUUACUGGACGGUGCAGGCGGGCCUGUCCAUCGGCUUUGGCGUGCUCACGGAAAAGAGCGCGCUGAAUUUGUGGGCGACGGUCCUGAACAUUUGUUUAGGUGCUGGAUUGGCAGGUGUCGUUCUGGCCGACUACGCGACGAAGGUCGGUGAAGAAAAGGACGCCUGGCGCAACGAGAUCAUGCUAGAACGGUCCCUCGCGGCGGCGGGCCACGAGCAGCACAAGCUCCGCAAGCGCGUGCGGUUGGCAAAGAGGAUGAUCAAGGAGUUGGAAGCACCUGCCCCAAAAGUGACCGACUCCCAGCUGCGCUGGGGGAAAAUUCGAGCGCACGUGACGAAGCGGCGGCCGCAGCAGGGCUCGCUGCUGCCGGACAAGGAAAAGAUUUUGCGACUCAAGCGCGUCGUAUGGCGCGCCAAAUUAGGUAGACAUGGCCGCGCGAACGCGUUUCAACGCGUCAAGUUGUGGCUGCGGAUCCACCGGCAGAAGCUGUCGGUGUUGGCGGCCAACUUCGUGUGGCUGGGCGUCGGCGUCGUCUAUGCGAUCGCGAAGGAGCGGUGGUCCCCGACGCGCGCGAUCUACUUCGCGGUGUCGUCGCUGUCGACGGCGGGGCUGCAGGGCAUCCCGCUCGCGUCGAAGGACUGGCAGUACGCCUUCGUGGGCGUGUGGUGUUUGGUGGGAGUGCCUCUCUUUGCAGCCGGCGUCGGCGAGCUCGCGGGCUUGUUCGUCCGCGAGGACUGUGAAGUGGAGGCGCGGGCCCAGGAGUGGGGCUCGUACGGCGAGAGCGACUGGGAUGCCGCAGUCGGGGCGCUCCGUAGCGACCCGUGCGGAAAUUUCAGGCGCCAUCUACGCAUCGUUUGAUUUCCACGCAGGCCGCCACAUCGACCUCACCGGCGACAGCCUCACGCGCGAGCAGUUCCUCGUGUCCCAAUUACUGCUGAGCGGCGCGACUUCGCACGACGUCGUCGAUAUUAUAUAUGAUCGCUUCCGGACCAUCAACACGGAUGAUGAUGAUGCGAUCAGUCGGGAGGAGUUCCUCGAGCACGCGCGCACGCGGCACCGGCACCGGGCGCCGACACCGGCUCACGUAAAGCUGGCGCGCAAGCUGUCUGCCAAGCUGCAUGUCUAAUUUCUUUUUAAGUUUC